AAUCUGUGGCUGGGGAAUUCAUGUGGAGGUCAGAGUGGAAGCAGUUUCCUCAUCUGUGUAGUCCUCUACUUCAUAGGGGUUGAUGUGAAGAUUAAAUACACAAAUUGCUGUUAGAAGACUGCCUAUUGUGAAGGUGUGAGUGGGUCCAGCCAAAGGAGACAUGGCUGCCAAAGUGUUUGAGUCCAUUGGCAAGUUUGGUCUUGCCUUAGCCGUUGCAGGAGGCGUGGUGAACUCUGCCUUGUAUAAUGUGGAUGCUGGGCACAGAGCUGUCAUCUUUGACCGGUUCCGGGGAGUGCAGGACAUUGUCGUAGGAGAAGGGACUCACUUCCUCAUCCCUUGGGUACAGAAACCAAUCAUAUUUGACUGCCGCUCUCGACCACGUAACGUGCCAGUAAUCACUGGUAGCAAAGAUUUACAGAAUGUCAACAUCACCCUGCGCAUCCUCUUCCGGCCAGUUGCUAGUCAGCUUCCUCGCAUCUUCACCAGCAUUGGAGAGGACUACGAUGAGCGCGUGCUGCCGUCCAUCACUACAGAGAUCCUCAAGUCCGUGGUGGCUCGCUUUGAUGCUGGAGAACUGAUCACCCAGAGAGAGCUGGUCUCCAGACAGGUGAGCGAUGACCUCACAGAGCGAGCAGCGACCUUUGGGCUCAUCUUGGAUGACGUAUCCUUGACGCAUCUGACCUUUGGGAAGGAGUUCACAGAAGCGGUGGAAGCCAAACAGGUGGCUCAGCAGGAAGCAGAGAGGGCCAGAUUUGUGGUGGAAAAGGCUGAGCAGCAGAAGAAGGCAGCCAUCAUCUCUGCGGAGGGCGACUCCAAGGCGGCGGAGUUGAUCGCCAACUCACUCGCCACUGCAGGCGACGGCCUGAUCGAGCUGCGCAAGCUGGAGGCCGCGGAAGACAUCGCGUACCAGCUGUCGCGCUCGAGGAACAUCACCUACCUGCCCGCUGGGCAGUCGGUGCUCCUCCAGCUGCCCCAGUGAGGCCCACGCCUCCUGGGCCAUCUGGACCACAGCCCCGAAGUUGCUCAGCACCACCUUCCUUCUCCUGCCCCAGAAAUCACUGUGAAACUUCAUGAUUGGCUUAAAGUGAAGGAAAUAAAAGUAAAAUCACUUCA